UUCCGGGCCAAGAGGUUAGCGAGAAGGAACUCCUCCACUACGCGACGGCGUGGUCGACGUCACUUCCGCGCGCCGCCCCAAACGUCAGUGUAGGGCGCAGACCGCGGUGGUGCAGCAUUCUGUUAGAAGUUCUGUCUCGGUUGUCUUUUGCGAGCCAUGGAGAGUGACUUUUAUCUACGUUACUACGUGGGGCACAAGGGCAAGUUCGGCCACGAGUUCCUGGAGUUCGAGUUCCGACCGGACGGGAAAUUAAGAUAUGCCAACAACAGCAAUUACAAGAAUGAUGUCAUGAUCAGAAAAGAGGCUUAUGUACAUAAAAGCGUGAUGGAGGAACUGAAGAGAAUAAUUGAUGACAGUGAAAUUACCAAAGAGGAUGAUGCGCUGUGGCCUCCUCCUGACCGAGUGGGCCGGCAGGAGCUUGAAAUCGUUAUUGGAGAUGAACACAUUUCUUUUACAACAUCAAAAAUUGGUUCCCUUAUUGAUGUCAAUCAAUCCAAGGAUCCAGAAGGCUUACGAGUAUUUUAUUAUCUUGUCCAGGACCUGAAGUGUUUGGUCUUCAGUCUUAUUGGAUUACACUUCAAGAUUAAACCAAUCUAGAUUGAAUAUUGGUGUGGACAUGGAGGGGUGGGGGUAGCUUUUAAUUAGCAUUAUCAAGAAAAUUUUGUGUAUAUCAGGGCAGUAUUUUUUUAUAAACUAUAAAUGAUUGUCUUUAAUAAAUGUGAUAAAAUCUAAUUUUUAUUAUUUUA